GUUUUUGUUUUUGUUUUUGUUUUAGGGAGGUAGGAGUGGGAAUUGGAAGGGACAUCACAUUUUUAUGCAAUAUUAAAUCCCUUUAAUACUUUAUAUCAUUUGAGCUUCCUACUAACUUUAAGAUUGUUAGAACUGAUAUAAUUAUUCCCAUUUUACAACUGUGAAAAUGGAGUUUUAGAGAUGUCAAGACUUAUCCAAUGUUAUCCAGUUAAUAGCUGGUUAAACCAAGGAUAGUACCCAUUAGGUAUUAGAAUUCCUAACUAGAAAAAUUGUUCAAACCUAAAAACUGUUUUUGAUUUGCCAUUGUGUUUGCAAAGUACAGAAUCUUAGUGUUGCCUGUUAAAGUAUUGAGACAUCUAAGCCUGCUAUAUUAAGUAGGCUGUGUACAAGGUUAGUGGGGAUGGCUUAUGCUGAAUCACUCCUGCCCUGGCUGUGUCCUCCAGGAAGGACAGGCACUGCGGAAUAGCAAUCUGGGGGUGGGUACGCAGACUCUGAUCAUACCACAGUUGCUCUAUAAAGCCUUCUUGGAAGGUGUGCUCUUUCCUGUUUUCAGGCACCUUUGCUGACCAAAGUCCCCAAUGUCCUUUGCUUUAAUCCUCAGCAUUUCUGCUGCUACUGAUAUAGCUUUGUGAUGAUACCAGCUAAAACCGAGUGUUUUAGGGACAGGCUCCAGUGUGCCCUGACCAGGAAGUUAGUAUGCCUCAACCAGCGUGGAAACCACAGAGAAUAGCUCUGCCAGUGUAAGGGGAUGAAGCCUUGUUUUUAGCUCAGCUCACAGAGUGGAGAAUGAAGCUCCCAGCUUGUCUACAUGUCUGACCUCUGUUGUUGGUUGUCCCAUGCAUUGAACAGAGUCAUGUAGAGGUUUUGACUUAUUCCUGUGGCCUGGCAGAGCUAGUUUGUAUAGAUUAUUUUAUCCAAACCAGUUGGACAGUGCUUUUUUUGUUUGUUUGUUUUGUUUUUAAAUCAUAUUGCUUGGCUUCCUUCUGUGAGCUAAAAUGGAAGCUACCUUGAAACAAACUAGGAGCUGCUAACUUCCCUGUGCCUGAACUACCCAGUGUAGGUGCUCUGCUAUCUGUACUUGAAUGCCUGAGGCGGGUCAUGCCUAGAGAUUGUUUCUGCUUUCAAGGACCCUUAGCUUCCCUGACCUGAUACUCCUUUGCCUGCUUUAAUUUUGAAUAUUGUAUAUCUAUUCUGUUCACACCCCGUAGGCUUCCUUUUCCUGCUGAUUUUCUUUCUAGGUCUAGGAUCAGUACCUCAGUGCUUAACCAUUAGCCAGCUUCGGAGUCCAGUAAUUGGAUCAUCUGCCCUGUCCAGCACACAAUUAGCUAAUUGUCUGGGCUCUAUUUGAUUUAUUCCUGACCUUGACGGGUCUCCCAACUAGUGUUAACUAGUCUAAGAACUGUUUAACUCUUUAACAACCUGAUACAUCUCUGCGCCUCAAUCUUGACCAAGGCAUUCAGUGAAAAUUCUGGUUUCUUGUCUGUACUCCGACCCCAGAUGACACUAGUGAUGGCUUUGUGAUUGGGUUAUGAGACUGACCCGUAUUGUAUACCAUAUGAGCAUAUUGCUUAUAUGUUUCUCAAGACUGAGUCUGCCUUUUCUAAAAGACAUCUAAAAAGCAACAGAAAAUCAGAAGGUGCCUUUUUUGGUAGCAGUUCUUUCAUUUAUUCUGUUGGAGAUCCAGGUUGAGCUCUUUGUAAGAUUUUCUUCCAUAUAAUGUACUAACAAUAGUAAACCUUGAUCCACAGAUCAGGUGUGCCAUUUGAUAAAAAUAAAUAAUGUAUAUGAACUCAAUAAAACUAACCUGUUUAAUGGAAGCAUCAUAAAAACUUGUGUGGAAAAAACAAAAAAAGCAUGUAGCCGUGGUAGCAAGUAUAAAACGGGUGUCAAAACUGAGGAGUCACAAAACUGCACAGCUCAGCACCAAGGACGUUUCCCAGAUGCUCAGAUGCUGCAGCCACCCAGUACGAGGACUCAUCUUGACCAUUCAGAGAGUUGGAUUUCUGACUGCUUGCAUCAUUCGAAGCCAUCUUUUACUGACAACAAACCAGUAUAAUAUAUCGAGAGUCAUUUAGACUUCCCUCUUAAUACAAGGAAUAGAGAAACUGAUGCUCAUGACAAAUAUUGAAAUUGGAGCAAAGUUUAUAUCAGCAAAACUCCUGUAACCAGAGUUUUACUGAAGGCUGCAGGCAGGGUGAGACACGCACCUAAUGGACAUUACUUAGGAAGGAAGGGGUUAGGGGAGAUGGGGAUGAACAUUUGUUGGCUGUUUUCUGUGGUUAGACAUGUGCUACGUGCUUUAUGAUGCUAUCUUAUAUAAUCUUUAUAACACCUCAGUGGAGUAGCUGGUGGUUCCCCAUUGUAUAAAUAGGCUGAGGUCACAUUACUGUGGAGUGUUUGCACUGGGCUUUGACUCUAGAUCUAACGACAAACCCUUGCUCCUUAGAAUGAGGCAGGAUUGCUUUUGAAAAUGAAAGCUGCUGAUUUUGGCAGAAAGGCGGGCGAUAGGAAGGACUCAGUCUGAAUUCCCUCAUUUCGUAAAGAUUGCUGCAUUUGAAAGCAGGGUACGUUAGUUUCCAACACUAGCUGUUAGGAUCACCUAUGGAGAUUUCAAAAAACAAAAACAGAACCCCACCACCCUGAGGAUUCUGAAUCUCAGUGGUUUCUGGAUGUGGGGCUGACUGCCAAGGUGAUUCUGUUGUGCUUUUAGGAUUGAGAAAUGUUUAUAUAUGGAGAACGAUGAAAUGGUUAUGAGCCCUGGAGUGAUCCUGGAGAUAUAUCUCCAACAAUCUUGUGAGAGAAAACUGAGGCCCAGAGAGUUCAGAAGCCAGGUAUUUCUUUAUUCAGUAUAGCACUUACCCAGCAUUAACUGUUUGUUAUUUUAGGUGAUUCAGAAAACAAGGAAAAAAUGCUUUCUCUGCCUUUGAAGAAUUUUUAGCUAACGGCCACAUAGUUGAUGAAUGGAGUGCCACAUUUGGAAUCUAGGUUUCCUGACUUCAUUGGUGUUACAGAGCCUUUUGAAUAUUAUCAUUGCCAGGUCCUCUUUGAGAUCCCUCCAAGCUGUGUCAAUGGUUCCCGUUAACACUGUGGUGGAUUUGCUAUCGUGUUUCUGGUGAGGACAAGCAAUGGAAUGAAAUGUGCCUUGAAACGCAUGUUUGUCAACAAUGAGCAUGAUCUCCAGGUGUGCAAGAGAGAAAUCCAGAUAAUGAGAGACCUGUCGGGGCACAAGAACAUUGUGGGCUACAUUGACUCCAGUAUCAACAACGUGAGCAGUGGUGAUGUAUGGGAAGUGCUCAUUCUGAUGGACUUCUGUAGGGGAGGCCAGGUGGUCAACUUGAUGAAUCAGCGCCUGCAGACAGGUUUUACAGAGAAUGAAGUGCUCCAGAUAUUUUGUGACACCUGUGAAGCCGUUGCCCGCCUGCACCAGUGCAAAACUCCUAUUAUCCACCGUGACCUGAAGGUUGAAAAUAUCCUCUUGCAUGACCGAGGCCACUACGUCCUGUGUGACUUUGGAAGCGCCACCAACAAAUUUCAGAAUCCACAAACUGAGGGAGUCAAUGCAGUAGAAGAUGAGAUUAAGAAAUACACAACGCUGUCCUAUCGAGCACCAGAAAUGGUCAACCUGUACAGUGGCAAAAUCAUCACUACGAAGGCAGACAUUUGGGCUCUUGGAUGUUUGUUGUAUAAAUUAUGCUACUUCACUUUGCCAUUUGGAGAGAGUCAGGUGGCAAUUUGUGACGGAAACUUCACAAUUCCUGAUAACUCUCGAUAUUCCCAAGACAUGCACUGCCUAAUUAGGUAUAUGUUGGAACCAGACCCUGACAAAAGGCCAGAUAUUUACCAGGUGUCCUACUUCUCAUUCAAACUACUCAAGAAAGAAUGCCCAAUUCCUAAUGUACAGAACUCUCCCAUUCCUGCAAAGCUUCCUGAACCAGUGAAAGCCAGUGAGGCAGCUGCAAAAAAGACCCAGCCAAAGGCCAGACUGACAGAUCCCAUUCCCACAACAGAGACUUCAAUUGCACCACGUCAGAGGCCUAAGGCUGGGCAGACUCAGCCAAACCCAGGAAUCCUUCCCAUCCAGCCAGCUUUGACACCUCGAAAGAGGGCCACAGUUCAGCCCCUGCCCCAGGUUGCAGGAUCCAGCAAUCAGCCUGGCCUUUUAGCCAGUGUUCCCCAACCCAAAACCCAGCCCCAACCCAGCCAGCCUCUACCGCAGUCUCAGCCCAAGCAGCCACAGGCUCCACCCACCCCACAGCAGACGCCUCCCACUCCAGCCCAGGCUCUGCCCACUCCAGCCCAGGCCACCCCCCAGCACCAGCAGCAACUCUUCCUCAAGCAGCAACAGCAGCCACAGCCACAGCAGCAGCAGCCACCGCCAUCUUCCCAGCAGCCUGCAGGCACGUUUUACCAGCAGCAGCAGCAGCAGCAGCAGGCUCAGCAGGCUCAACAGUUUCAGGCAGUACACCCCGCAGCUCAGCAACCAGCAAUUGCCCAGUUCCCCGUGGUGUCCCAAGGAGGCUCUCAACAGCAGCUGAUACAGAACUUCUACCAGCAACAACAACAGCAGCAGCAGCAGCAGCAGCAGCAGCAGCUGGCCACGACCCUGCAUCAGCAGCAGCUGCUGACUCAGCAGGCCGCCUUGCAGCAGAAGAGUGCUGUGGCAGCAGCACAGCAGCCCCAGACACAGCCGGCCGCAGCCCCACAGCCACCACCGGCCCAGGAGCCAGCGCAGAUUCAAGCCCCGGUAAGACAACAGCCAAAGGUUCAAACAACCCCACCUCCUGCCGUCCAGGGACAGAAACUCGGAUCUCUCACUCCUCCAUCAUCCCCCAAGACCCAGCGUGCUGGGCACAGGCGGAUUCUCAGUGACGUAACCCAUAGUGCGGUCUUCGGGGUCCCUGCCAGCAAAUCAACCCAGCUGCUCCAGGCAGCUGCAGCUGAGGCCAGCCUCAAUAAGUCCAAGUCUGCAACCACCACUCCAUCAGGCUCUCCUCGGACCUCCCAGCAAAAUGUUUAUAAUGCUUCAGAAGGUUCUACGUGGAAUCCCUUCGAUGACGACAAUUUCUCCAAACUCACCGCUGAAGAACUACUGAACAAGGACUUUGCCAAGCUGGGGGAAGGCAAACAUCCUGAGAAGCUUGGAGGCUCAGCUGAGAGUUUGAUCCCAGGCUUUCAACCAACUCAAGGUGAUGCCUUUGCCACCCCCUCAUUUUCUGCUGGAACAGCUGAAAAAAGGAAGGGUGGGCAGACUGUGGACUCUAGCCUCCCACUUCUAAGUGUAUCUGAUCCUUUUAUCCCUCUUCAAGUACCUGAUGCACCAGAAAAACUAAUUGAGGGACUCAAAUCUCCUGACACUUCUCUCCUGCUCCCUGACCUCUUGCCUAUGACAGACCCUUUUGGUAGCACUUCCGAUGCUGUAAUUGAAAAAGCCGAUGUUGCUGUUGAGAGUCUCAUACCGGGACUGGAGCCCCCAGUACCCCAGCGCCUUCCAUCCCAGACGGAAUCUGUGACCUCGAACCGCACAGGUCUCCAGAGAGAGCCCAAUCCCUGUCCUGUAAUAACUGUAGAGCACUUUAAAGACUCAGCGGGUGUUAAAGGCCUUCCCUUGUAUCCAGACCCCUCCAGAGUACCUGGCAUGAAAACUCAGAACAAUUUAGAAUCUGACUACUUGGCCCGAGAUGGCCCUUCAAGCAACAGUUCAUUCCACAGCAGCGAAGAGGAAGGGACUGAUCUCGAGGGGGACAUGCUAGACUGCAGUGGGUCCCGACCUCUCCUCAUGGAGUCUGAAGAAGAGGAUGAGAGCUGCAGGCCUCCGCAAGGGAAACUGGGAGGAGCCAUUCCAUUCACUCAGCCAGAAGUCUCUACUGAGCAAGCAAAAGCAGGCCAAGGUGGAAGAAAGAACCAGUUCCAAGCCCUCACACAGCCGACCACUGAUGGUCUCGGGGAGCCAGAUGUUUUUGCCACAGCUCCCUUCAGGAGCUCAAGGGUUCCAACUGAUGACAUGGAUAUUUUCUCCAAAGCUCCAUUUGUCUCCAAGGGCAGUGUGGCUCCUUCCCAGCCGGAGGAGGCGGACGUGUUCUUGAGAGCUCCUUUUACCAAGAAGAAGAGCAUGGAGGAAUUAGCAGUUGCCCAGAGCGCCUCCCAGGAGUUGCCCGUGCAGGCCAGUCUCCUCAACCAGACUGACGAUGUUCCUUUGCUCCCAGGCCUAGAGAGGGCAGCGUAUGCCCCCGUCCGAGCUCAGUAUUCCAUGGCUGCUUUUGUCCAACAGUCUAACCACCCCUCCCAUUCUGUACAAGCAGCAGACCAUCUAGACAGCAUCUCUCCCAGGGGAUCCUCCCUGGAACCUGGGGGUCAUCCUAACGACAGAAACAAAGGACCUCAGCCCCAGAAAGAAGCUGUCUCAGGCCCCAUGGCUGGCAAACCAUUCCGCCCCCAGUCUUUAUCCAAAUAUUCUCGUCACUAUAGCCCAGAAGAUGAGCCAAAUCCAGAAGCCCAGCCCAUUGCUGCCUACAAAAUUGUUUCACAGACCAACAAACAGUCGAUAGCUGGCUCUGUUUCCAUCACAUCCCUUUCCUCCAGGACUAUGGAGCUGCCACCUGCAGAUCCUUUUGCUUUAGCACCCUUUCCUUCAAAAUCAGGCAAGCAGAAACCUUAGGAGCGAUAACCUGAGCCUUAGGCGUCUGUCUUUACCCCACCCUCAGUACCUACCACGUCACUCCCAGCUGAGCCUAUCUCAAGAAAUACACCAAUUAUUAUCUUUCAGUUCCACGUAUCAGCAGAACUUGUGUGCUCAACAAACUCCGUUGCAGUGAUACUUAACUGAAACCCCUUUAAGUUAUGCUCAUUUCUUUUGUUUAUAUUGAUUUCUGGACUUCCAGGCAUUUCCAUCUCCACCUCCACCCAGAACUCUGCUUUCUUUGUUUGCCCCAAAACUGCUUGAAUCCAGAAAUACUUCACCCCAAACCAAAAGGGGCCAUGUUACUGCAAGGUUUAUUCCUGCAGUUUCCGUUCUGAGUCAUGUUCAUUGGAGGACACAAGAUUAGUCCCUUCAGGACUUGACUUAAUGCUCUUGCAAAGGGCAUAUUUCUGGAAGGAAAUGCAAGAUAAAAAUCCUGCAAAUCAAAAGGAAGUGUGAUCCUGCAGAUACUAAUCAUUCCUGUAAAACCAGCAACUCUACAAGGAUUCUCUGGAUCUGUUUCUGAGUCUGUGCGAGCCAGGCUGGCCUCUCACACAUGAGUGUGGGUGUGUAACGUGUGUCAGAUCCUUUCCUACAUAGAAAUGCAAACAGAUGAGAUAUCUGUGCUCAUGUCUAACAGUGUUGAGCCUUCCCAUGCCCACGCUUUUUAAAUCACCAGGAGUGCACAGGUAUGUGUGUGCCAUGUGUGUGUGCACAGGGAGCAUUUUUCCUUUAGGUAAAUCCUGUCAUACUAUACCUACCUCCACAAUCACUCAUUUACUGGCAUUUGUCUCCUGACCUAAUUGAUCUGAGCCCUGUUUUUAUUUAGUUCUUUUCUUGUGGCAAAAUUGAAUUCAUUGGAAUGUGUAGGAAAAUCCUGCUGCAACUGAGGCUUUAGAAUAGAUUUUUCUUUCUCCAAAAUGUGCUAUUUGCUAUUAACAAAUUCCCUGUACAUGGUCUUGAAAAAUUAAUUAUCUUUAUAAUUCUCCCCGCCCCCAGAACGAUAGAAAAGAGCACCUUGUUACAGCUCUAACCAUUGGGUAUAUGGUGUUAGUAAUAUUUUAUUAACUACUUAAAAACCUGUGAGCACUCCAUGCUGUCACUAUGGAAUUCAUCAUGAGACUAGGCUACAAACUAGAUUUGCUUCCUUAUUUGUUUUUUCCAAUUCCUUGCUUUCUUUCUCCACUGCCUCUUGAGGAAAUAGAAAUCUGAGACAUGUAAGUCAGUUUGGAAGAAAAGAGCUGAAUCAGCUAGCCAUGAAAACCUUUCAAUUCUCUGUCCUCUUUAGAUGUUGAAGUAGGCCAGGUAGGUGACUGACUUGUGGUUUUGAAAUGUCUUCUAUUUCUGGAAAGAUCUGACUCAUUCCUGGCUGUUUUCAUACCCUUUAUUAUAGUGCCUUAAGGUGAAAUUCGUGUCUCCAUGGGAAGAUUUCUGCUGAGGAAGUUCAAUUUAAUGGAAAGAGCUGCUGGGCCAUGUUUCAACCCAAAAGCUUCCUGUUACUUGUAAUAAUAGAUGUUAGUGAUGUCUCUGUUAGCUGGAGAAGUUGGGAGGGUUACUUACCAAACCAAAUUAAUGGUGUAAAAGAGUUGGAAAUUCAUCCAAGGUUCAAGCCAGAAUGCUAGACUCAUACUGCAGUUGAUUAGGUAUCACACUGUUUAAAUUUGAAGCUCAGGGGUCUUGGUGGUAGGAUAUGAAUGGCAACUUUUCAAGACUUUUUCUAGUGUAGUCUCCACUUAUUUCAAAUGUCCAUGUUAAAAGAUAAACUGAUCAUUGGCACUGGAUCAGGGCUAUCAGCAGUGGUUUUCCACCGAGUUUUCAGCCACACCAGUCUUUUUCACUUUGGGGAAUGCGAAAUGUUCCCUCUAAAAGUUUGCUUUUCUCCCAGUGACUAUUUCUGAUUUUUCUGUGUAACAAUUGAUGCAAAAUCAUUUUUUCAGUUGAAUAAGUAGUUUGAGCUAAUGCAUAUGGAACUUUGCGCCCCAAACUCUUCCCUUGGCCAUUAUCAAUUAAAGGCCUCAAAAGCAGGAGCUAAGAGGAUAGGAAUAUUCAGGGAGGUACUCACCCCCUGUCAGAAACUCUUAAAGGAGAAGGUCGCUCUCACUCACUCUUCCAGAUAUUCGGGAUUACCUCCGUAAUAGCCCUGCAAAAUGUCUUUCCUUUGGUUAUUUGAUCACUUCUUCCUAAUCAAGUAGCCAUGUUAGCUCUUGAGGUAAAAUCGAUAAAAUCAUGGUGAUUUUAUCACAUAGUUGAAUCAUUUGUCAAGCAUGGGCUUGCAACGUUUUUUAUUCUCACUGGAGACCUAUUGUGGGUGGAGACUCUAAAUACAUUCUUUGAAUAGGAAAUGAAUGUAAAAACAUGCAAAUUACUUUUGUGUUUUUAUUGAGUGAUGCAUGAAAAUUGUUUGACUAAAUUACAUUAAUUAUUAGCUAAUAACUAGUAAAUUCUGCACUGAUCUUUGGAUCAUAUAGGGUAAAUGCAUCAUUUAAAGGUUAAACAUUCUUGCUGGGGCACCUGGGUGGCUCAGUCGGUUAAGUGUCCGACUCUCGGUUUCUGCUCAGGUCAUGACCUCAAGGUUCGUGGGAUUGAGCCCUGCAUCGGGCUCCAUGCUAACAGUGCAGAGCCUGCUUGGAAUUCUCUCUCCCCUCUAUGCCCCUCCCCUGCUCAUUCUCUCUUCUCUUCUCUCUCUCUCUCUCUCUCUCUCUCUCAAAAUAAAUAAAUAAACAUUUAAAAAAAUAAAGAUAAAAUAUUCUUGCCAGAGGCCAUUCUGAAUCUGGAAUUCUAGAAAAUUUAGCAUUAAGGGAAUUAGGAGUGCUCAGGGUGCUUUGAGUUAGUACCAAAUGCAUAUUUCCAAAAACUAUACUGCAACAGGUUAACAUUAAAGAGAAAAAGAAGAUAUAUAGUCAACAAAAUACUGUACUUCCUACUUUUAUGUGUUAUUUGCUUUUACACAUUUGUUAGGGAAUGCGGGAACUUGUGAUCUUUCAUUUCAGUGGAGCGCGAUGAGCCAGAAUAUAUUUAGAUGUAAAGCAUUGAACCACAACAUGCACUGAUGAACUUUUAAAGAAUCUAUGUUAAUUGACUAACAGUCACUAUUAAAUUAAUGAAGUUUUACUAUGUGUGGUGGAAAAUAUUUAACAUAGCUGUUUCUUGAGCUACAUAUGACCCUUUAGGCUCCCAGUCCUUGUUAGAUUGGGAAGUGGAAUGAACAAAAUUUGAUGUGGAAGCAGAUGCUGGGCAGAGCCUAAGGGAACCUGGAUCUUAAACUCAAUUUCAUUUUGGGCUCACUCAUUAUUAAUGAGUUGAAAACUUCCUAUGUGUGGACUGGUGUGUACAUGUUCACGUGGCCACUUUAGGUCUGAGUUUAAUCUGGUGACCAGUGUUUCUUUCUAAACUUUCAAGAAAAAUAUCGGCAUCUUAUUUGCCCGUUGUUGAUUUAGUAAGUUUUAGAGUACAUGUACAUCAGUGUUUUCAGCUAUUUGGUGGAUAUUUCACUGACUCAUAAAGUCGCAGAUCUCAGUUUUAUUUAAAAUAAAUAUAAUCGCCAGAGUGAUCUGACAAUAGAAAUUGAACCAUGCUGUAUUUGAUACCAUAAGGAAACGUCAUCAGAACAUAGAUCAUAUAAUUUGUAUGCAUUUUAUCAAAUAGGAAAUUUUAUAGGAAACGGGAGAAGGGUGAGAGCCAACUCAUUCUCCAGCAUGAGAAUGGAGUCAUUGGGUGCCUUUCAUAAAGGAAGAUGUCAUUCUCUGCUGUGUCUUUGGAACUGAAAUUGGAAAACACAUGCCAGUCAACUGUGGAAUGGCUGCUGGUCACACAGGUGUAGUUUUAGCUGAGAAAUUUAGAACCCGGGUUAUUUUGAUAAAAGAAACAUAGGAGAGCCGCUGGAAAGACCGCAGCUUUUGAGGAGGUGGAAGCGCUUUGUAAAUGCCUGCAGUCACUCCUGGGUUCCAGUCCUCCCAUCCUGCCUGAUGGAGUAAACAUGAAGAGUUUAAAUGGAAUCAUGUCAUUUAAAUUCUUCAUUUUUCAGUCCCUUUGUGAACUACUACUUGUGGUUUUUGGGUUUUUUGUUUUGUUUUUUUAAACCAUCAGAAUAUUUGCAAACUUGUGAAGUUCACUUAAGGGUUUCAAGAUGCUUGAAAAUAAAAGUAGUAUCUGGUUGGGAAUUGUUUUUGUGUUCUUUUCCUACAAAAAUAAAUUUUCUAGGUUGCUGCAAACAACUAGCUGCCUCAGCUUAGAUGUGAAAAUCCACACUGGCGGUGUCUUGAUUCCCCAGGUGCCACCUUCCUCUCCGACUUCCUGUUCUACUGCCUCCUUUGUACCUUGACCUUUAUUAGGAAACAGGCCUCCCACGUGUGGUAUCCAAGAUCCUAUCACUAAGACACAGCCAGACACAGCUCUUUCCUGCUUCUUUAUUCCUGCAAAUCUUCUUGGCUCACCUUCCUUGUACCUGUUCCCACCCCUUCAUUUCCUCACUUAACAUUACCCUAUUAUGACCAUACCAAUAAGUGGAUGAAAGAGAGGUGGGACCGAGUGAUCAUGUUAAUUUUUAUGUGCCUUUGUUACUGUAAACAGUUUCUUAAGUUUCAGCCUAACCUAUGAUAAUCUCACCACACUGGAAUAAUUCCAAAUAAGAAUGAAAUGGCUCACCUUCCCCAUUUCUUAUGGACUAGAAGAACAGAUGAAGGAAGGCUGGCAGAAGUCCAGCCUUACUCUGGAGACAACCCAAAGGCAUCUCUCCACCAUGAUCUAACACAGGCCCAAUGUGCUCCAGAAUGCAGGGGCAAGUUUAGGUGUGAAGGGACUCUGGAAUAGCUUGUAAAAAAUGGCUAAAUGCUAACCAGCACACGGGUGGCUUAGUCCAGGAUUCCGGUAAUUUAUAAUUCUGUAAGAAAUGUAGUCUGAGCUAUUUCCCAGCAGUCUCAGUAUGGGUGGCACUGUUUUGAGUUUAUAGUAACAGUGUUCUGUUCUUGAAAUCAAGUCAAUAUUAUCUGCAUUACGUUGUAAUAGAACUGCAUAUAUGUGUUAAAGGGAUCUGUCUGAUUCCUUUUGGCAAGGAAUUGCAGAAAUGCUUUUUAACCAUGUCAGUUAAAGUGAGACUUUGGGAGUGAGAGAAAACGAUGUAGCCUUUUCACUCUGAAAUGGCAAAUCCAGUUGUAUUCUCUGAGUCUACCAAAGACUCCUAUUUGAGGAUUGUGAAUGGAGAAAGGUGUGUGUGUCUGUGUCGAUGUCUGUGUGUGUGUGUGUGUGUGUGUGUGUGUGUGUCCUCAUGCUUUUUGCCAUGGUGUGAAGACCUCCUUAUGAAGGCAUCCAAAGAAUACCAAGUGGUGACAGUAGGUAGCUGGCUUGAGUGAAUUUAGUCCCAUUGGCCAACAACUCUUGAGUUAGAACUGGAGUUGUUGUAGAUAAAGGUGGGAAAAUCAGCCAUUGCCUCAGCCUGUUUCCACAGUAAGCAUGCUCGUCUCAUCCACAAAGAUGAAACUCAGUAGGGUUUGACCUGAACCCUUGGCUCAUGUGUGGUGUUGGACUGGCAACAGUGACCAGACAGCACAAGGCCUGCAAGAUGUUCCUUUGAAAGAGAAAGUGUUUGAUGCCAUUUAUUAGGGGACAGAAACCAAAUAAAGGCCAAGGACCAUGCUCAUUCCAUGGAGAAGAGGCAAACCCCUCUGCUGACAAAACAUUCUGAGUUGACUGAAUGAGGAAGUCAACCCAGCUAUAAGGAAUACUGAAGUUCUCAGACCUCAGAAGACAAUAUGUGCAUGCAAUCUCAAGGGCUGUGAACAUGGGAAAGG